AUGCCUCGGCCGUCAAUAAAUCUUGAACCAUACAAGGAUGAAAUUUCUACCUUAUAUAAAUCAGGCAAAUCUCCUCCUACUAUUGCUAUGCUACUAGGGAAUCGAUAUGACAUUCAGGUUAGUGAGCGUACGAUCAAGACCCGCCUUAGUAUAUGGGGGAUUCAUAAGACAAAUCGUACAGCCUCAAAAGACACAGUUCUUCAUGCCCGAAUCAAAGUUCUUCUAUAUCAAGUUGGCCUCUCAGAGAACGAGAUUCUACAUGUUCUUCAGCUUGAAGGCUGGAAUAUUCAGCCUAGAACAUUGAAAUAUGUUCGGCAUCAGAAAGGGCUCUUGCUGCGUACAGUAAAUCCAAUUGCUGAUCAAGCCGAAGUUGAAAGGGUCCUAAACCAACUUCGUACGGACCUUGCUACCGGUCAAAUUGAAGGAUAUAGUAUAGGAAUGCUUAUCGGCACUUUAAGAACCAAGGAUUUCAGAUUGGCAGAUGGCUAUCUUAAGCUAGCUCCGUACGGCAUUGAAAUAUAUGCAGCAAUUGAUGCAUAUUCUCGAUAUAUUAUUUGGAUUUACGUUGGUAUCAGCUCCCGUACGGCUGUUAGUGUCCUUCGCCAGUUUCUUGAUACUGUUAAUAUUGCUCAACAGCAGCCUCGCUUUGUACGAACAGACCGUGGUACAGAGACAGUCUUACUGGCUGAAGCUCAAUAUAAGCUUCAGCAGUCUCUUCAUCCAGAGAUUGAUAUUAGGGACUGCUACUUAUAUGGAACAAGUACUUCUAACCAAAGAAUUGAGGCAUGGUGGCUUCAAUUAACCCGUGGUAUGGUGUUUCGAUAUAGAGAGUACUUUCGUGGCCUUCAAGAGGAAGGCAUAUUCUCUAUAGAUCAGUUAAGUGAUCAGAUUGCUUUGUAUGCAAUCUAUAUACCUCUUCUCCGAGUCCAAAUUCCAUCAUUUGUACGCACAUGGAACCAUCAUCGAAUUCGGAACCAGCCAAAUCGUCCGCAUUUGGUGCCCGGCAAGCCUUAUAUGAAUUAUAACUUCCCAGCUACUGGUGUUGAGAACCAGGGAAUCAAGUUUGAUAUGGAACUAUUCAAGCGCUUGCAAGAAGAUGUCCAAGACUGGGAUAUAGAUGAAUAUCUGCCACCUGAGACCUACCACUGGACUCGAAAUCAGCUACUAGAGCUAGGAUAUGAUCCUCAGCAACCUCCAGAAGCUGUGGGGGACCAUAUUCUUACUCCAUUUCGUACAAUAUAUCUCGGGCUUCGGGCUAGGAUUCAGGCACAUAUUGAAAGAGGAGCUCAGCCAAUCCUUCAGAUAUCUCAACCACCAACUGGGGCUUUUGAUUGGGAUCCACGGCUUAAUCCUCAUGGGACUGAAGCACUAGAGCGCGUACGAGAAGUUGAGGUAGAGUAUGAGUUAGAUGAAUCAGAAGAGCUAGAGGAUUAG